AUGUCCCGUGUGGAAACCUCUAUCCUCGAGGACUCUGACUCCGCAGGGGCGUCCCUCGAGCUCUCCCCCGAAGACCUCAGCGUCCCAAGCAUCAGCACAGCCACUCCUUCGCCGCAGCCGCACCCGACGCCUUCCCCGCAGCCUCCGUCCACGCAGCACCACCACCAGCAGUCGGUGUUUGGCGUCAUCUUUGUCCAGCGCAACCUAGCCGACCUCCAGAAGAGCCUGAGCGGGGAGUUCAACCGGCGCCUUCAGGAGUGGGAGAGACUGAAGAGCGGAGGACCCGGGCAGGGCCUUCACCACCCGGGUCUCGCAGGCGCCCCGUCCUCGCCCUCAGGGUCAGGGGCGUCUGGAUCACACCCCGAGGAUAACCUCCCUUACGAAUUCCGCAAGAAGCUGCACGAGUGGGAGAAGAUGAAGGAGAGGGAGAAGGAGAAGGGGAAGAUCGACGUCCCUCGAGGCCAGGAGGACGUCAAGACCAAGAAGCACGGCGAGGACGACCUCCCAGCCGACUUCAAGAAGAAGCUCACGGAGUGGGAGAUCCGCAAGGCCUUGGUGGGCAAGAGCCAGCAGAACGUCGAGGAACUGCAGAAGAACCUCGGCGAGGAAUUCAACCGCAAGAUGGCGGAGUGGGAGAGGAUCAAAGCCUCCGCCAGUCAGCAGGGCCAAGUGAAGCCAGGUCACCCUCAGGUCAAGACCUCGGCCUCCGCGGGUAACCUAGGAGGUAAAGGGUCAGCCUUGGCGGGCCAAAUGCACGUGAAACCGUCGCCGUCCGCGUCGCAGGUGGCCAAGGCGCCUCUCAUUCCAGGUCAAGGUCCCGCGAGCCCGCGACUAGACAGGAAGGGAUCAGGUCACAAAAUCAAGAAGAGCAAGGCGGCCAAGACAGACAAAGUACCCGUGAGCAAGGCGGAGAGCAGCCACAAGGCGAGAGACAAGGAGCUGCAGUGGCUGGAGAAGGAGCUGCACAAAGUCGAACGCGAGACCCAGAGGCUGGAGAGAGAAAAGGAAAAAUUCCUGGAGAGAGCAGCCAGGUUUUACUUCUUUUUUUGGUUUGGAGAGGAUGGAAAAUUUUCCCCAAAAUUAGAGGCUCGAGAGGAUGCGGCAGGCCAUGGGCCGCGGCCCGACGGAGAAGAAGGAGAUCUACAUCAAGACCUCGACGGGAGAGUUCCGGUUCGAGGCAGCAGACGUUCACCAAGACGUUUCAGAAGAACGACCGUCCCCGGCGGAUCCUCGAGUCCGAACUACGUGGUGCCCGAGAAGAAGGUCCCGGAGAAGCCCAAGAGCCCGGAGGUUGGGAGGCUCGUGAGCAGGAGGAAGUCCGAGUCCUCGCUAGCAGCUGACCUGGUGACGCCCCCCGUGCACUCCCACCCUUCGAGUCUCUCCCUAAAUGAGAUCGAGGCAGAGGAAACCGGUCUUCAAGCGGAGAACAAGGCGGCAAGCGAACCAACUCUAGCAGGUACGGAACCAGGGACGCCCAAGGUAGCGGUUCUGGUACAACUCGAGGAGGUCGUCGAGGAUGGCCACCACGCCCUCCACGACCCAGGGAACUCCUACGCUCCUGCGGAAAUCACCAGGAACAUUGACUCCUCCGGCAGCGAGGAGGACGUGACCCGCCGGCACCGCGCUGACGACGACGAGGACGUGGUGACGAACCUACGUCGGACGGACAGCGCAAGGACUCAGGGGUCGUACCGCUCACUCCUACGGGAGAAUAUGAGCCUCCUGGACAAACUCCGCCAGCAGGAGGAUAUGUGCCGCGCCCUUGAGCAUCAAAUGGGGGACAUCGACUCCAAGAUGGACAACGUGGCCGACCAGCACCUAAGGACGCUCGAGAAGCUCCACCGCCAAGUGUCCAUCAUCAUGAAGGACCCCAGCAGCUCUCAUGACGGCGAGGAGGGGGACGUCGACCCCGCCGCUACCUCAGGUGACCCCGAGGCCAACCAGCGCCUCAUAAAUCAGCUCAGGUCACGCAUCGCUGACCUGGAAAUCCGCGGGGAACACCUCAUGGACGAGAAGGUGCAGCUGGAGAGAGCCUUCAAACUCCACAAGGAACAAGAGACCGAGAUCGCCGAGUCCUUAGUCCAGAGGAUCCGGGAACUGCAGGAUGCCGGGGCGGAGGUCAACAUCCAGACGGUGCAGUGCCAGACGGAUGACGUCAGCUUGCCUUCGGAGGAUAGCGUGGUCGUCCUUGAGGAACCUCCCGCCGAAGUAUUCCCGGAGGAGCAGGAACCCAAGGAGGAAGCCACGAAGAGGCCGGAGAAGAAGGAGAAGGCGGUGGAGGAGGAGAGGCGCGAAGGUCGACCUCGAGAGCAUCGGAAGGCCAAGAAGACUCCGCCCAAGAAACUCCAGAAGUUGCAUAACCUGACGGGUGACCUUCUCUUCCAGGCCAAGUGCCUCGAACAAGCACUGGUGACCAAGCACGGCCUGGAUCGCCGAAGUGACCCCCAGCAGCCCCGAGGUCACGGCCACCGGCAAAGGAGUCUGAGAGGCCGGAGUUCCUUGAGACUCGCAGGAGACGUAGGGGCGCCACAGAGGAGCCACAGGAACUCCUCCGCCAGGACGUGGUCGUCUAUCGAGGCGAUUACCUCUGUUGAGUCCCCGCAGGACUCCGGCAUAUGGGAAGCGGGAUCCGGCGCAGGAUUGGAGUCCUACGGAGCACCGAGGUCCUCCAGGGGUCCCACGGCCUCCACCACGAGCAUCGACCCUCAGGACCUGCUGGCCAUGAACGCCGAAUUGAGCCGAAUGGCCAAGGAACUCCGGCUCGAGAUGAUGAAGAUGUGGAGUUAUCGGGAAUCAACUUCUCCCGAAUCAGUGUCGUCCGAGACGAUAGGUCCUGAGAGUCUAGACGAAGCUAAGCCCGUCGACGACAAGUUGGUGGCCGAAGCGAAGGAGGUGUUCCAGAGUAUCGCAUUGCUACCGAAGGACAGCACUCCCCCGUCGCCUCACUCAGGCAGGUCCCCCUCCAGCCGCUCCCGCAGGUCGCCCUCCACCACCUCCCUCUCCAAGCGGCGAGGGUCAGCUGGGCAGGAGGAGAGGUGUGGUCGAAGGAGCACCGAGAGAGAGCGGAGGUCAGCCUCGGGGACGCCGGUGAGGAGAGAUUCUCAUCGGCAGCGAAAGCGUCGAGAAGAAGAGGACGAUGAAGACGACGAGGACGAGGAAGAGGAAGACGAGGGGCAACGGAAGGAAAAGUCCGACCACAAAGACGCGGACAUCAGCGUGUUCCUUCCCUCCGGCGCCACUUUCGGGGAACUUCUCCUGAGGAGCAAACAGCACCAUGACGAGGACGAGUCGACGUGGGAGGGCCCUCGACGGCGCUCCUCCGACGGCCUCUCCACCGUCACGUCGGGGCCGUCGCGCUCGCGCUCGCCCUCGCCCAGCAUCGCCUCCAGCGCUCCAUCCGUCGAGGCGUCGCCCAGAAUAGAUGAAGAGGAAGAGGAGAGCAUCUCCCUGGCGGGUACCUGGAGGACGACCACCACCUCGACUACGCGAUCGGGAGACUACGUCCUCUCUUCGAGCUUCGAGUGGGAGGAGGAGAACCCAGAGGAGAGAAGACGGCCCCGAGGAAGAUGGAAGGCAGUUGUCGAGGAGGAGGAGGAGGAAGAAGACGAAAAGGAAGACCGAGAGACUCCCAAGCCUCAGGUGUGGACAGAAGCACCCGAGGACACGAGGAGGAGCUUCGAGACGGAGGUGACCGUCGCGGCACCGCGGCACGGCAGGAGGGACCUAAAGACGCGACGUAUUUCUGAUACUCAGGUGGAGUACGAGAGCUUCGGCCAGAACAACCGGGACGAGUGUUUCGCCAACACUUUCAGCAGAACCGUGUACGACGACGAGGCGCUGGCGGCGGGGAGGCUGAGCCGGAACCCCUCCGUCCGCCGAGCCAACUCGCGGGACGCCGACGAGUCGCACUGGCGGCGCCCCAGAACCCUUCCCUCGGUGGUGCUGGACGACCUCCCGCAUUCCGACAGGUCUCCGGACGUCUUCGUGCCCACCAAGAGGACCAUCUUCACCAUGCAAGGCAGCACGCGCAACCCGGACCAGGCCAGAGCCACGCCCACCUUCGUCGACAGCCAGGAGGAGGACGUGGCGGUGCCCUGGCGGAGGUCCAGGAGCCAGCCCGACACGCCGACGGAGAGCAACGGCCACAGGUCGAGGGAGGACUCGAAGGAGAGCAGCGCGACGCCCACUCAGGAGGACGUCGCGAAGCCUCAGGUCAAGGAAGACAGAAAUGAGACGAAGCCUGCGGAAAAGGCCAAGGACAAGCAGAGGGCGAAGAAGAGUGCAAAUGCCGUUCCGGAUGUUACCGUCAAUGGUGAAAAAGAAGCGAAAAUCGAUGAGAAGAAGAAAGAAAAAACGGAAGAUAACACAGAAGCACAGUUACGAGGGGGUGAGACAGUGUCAGAAGCAGUUACCAGCGAGGAGGUGGACUCGGAGAUGGACGUCAUCGCCGCGGAAUCGUUGGACGUUGUACCGGCGCUGAGAGAUGGAAGGAGCCCGCGGUCUCCGCACAGCCUCACUCCAUCGCCGCGCCCGUCCGGCUCCCCCAUCGCGUCCCCGCACCUGCACGCCCCUACUCCGAUCAGCCCGCCGAUAGAAUCCAAAAAGAAGGUUCUGGAGGCAGCAAACGAGGGCGUCCCGACAGUCCGGAGCAUAAUUCAGAAAUUCAAUAAACGUAUAACGGAAAAUCAAGAACUCCUAGGAAGCCCUUUCAGAUCCCCGCCGAUGAGUCCGCCAUGGCAGUCCCCGCGCUCCCAGAGAAAAAUUUUGGCAGGGCUGGCCUCGUGCAGCAAGCAGGAAGAUACUUAUUCCUCCACUGGGGAUAUCAUAGGUAGUCAGUCUGAACUGCCUCGCCCUAUGAUCUACAGCCCACCCACUGGAGUUCUCAAGUCUCUCAGCACGUCAGUCAUCAUGACCAACGCCGAAAUUUCUCCUAAAGUCACUCGUUCCGCCAGUGGCUCUUUCGUCCAGGGCAGCAGUCUGUUGAUUGGCGCAUCUCCGAAGCCCACAGCAACUUCUUCACCACAACACACACCAAACACCAGUGUAGCAUCUGCUGCUGACGUUUGGGGCACGUCGCCGUCUGGAAGUCCUGCCAUAAGUCCCGCUCCCACCGACCCUGAUACUUCAUAUGAUCUUGACGUAUCUGUUGAUGAUUCUUUCCACGACCGAGCGUCGGCAUCCCCACAGCCGGACAACAAGAGUCCCUCCGCCAGGCUGCGCGCUAUGAGAAUCAAAAAGGCCAAGGAAGACUUCCUUGCCCGCGGCGCCGCACCGUUGAGUGCUGCCGAGCAGAGACACAGCGGCAGCCAAGACGACCUCAAAAUGCGGCACCGAAGCGGCACUGCUAGCACCGAUGACACCUGGCGAGAUUCCGAUGAGCUUUUUGCAGGAGGAACGUCGCCCAUGCCUUCGCCUGCUCCGACAGAGGAGGCGUCUCAGGACGGGGGCGACGCGCCGGACCAGUUACCAAGGACAUCAUCCAAACGACGCAACAUUCCAAAAAAGGAGUCAUUCCGGAGGCAGAGCGCUGGCUGCCUGCUGGAAGAAUCUGCUUCACAAAAACUGGCUUCACAGGUAGUCAAGUCGGCUUCAUCCGGAGUUCUCAGCAGCGGCAGGGGGAAUUCCCGGUAUUCCAUUGAUUCUCAGUCCCCUCUUGACAGGAAGGCCUCCGUCGACCCGUCUACGGGCUCUGGCAGGUCCUCCCGAGGGAUAUUCAGGUUGUUCAGACGUACAAAGAACCGCGACAAGAAGGACAUGCCAUCAGUGCAGAGGCUGUGUCGACAGAGCCUCCUCGUGGACUUCGCCAAUGGCAAAGGCCGCACCAAAAGCGCCUCCCCGCAGCCCUACUCGGACCUGCGCUCGCUGCCGGAGAUGGAGGGCGAGGAGGUCCAGGAGAUGGCCCGCUCCUCCAGAACACUACCUCGAAGUGGCACGGGGGAGGUCGUGUCUCCAGCCCCUUCUCGCUCGUGCCCGUCGUCGCCCGUGGCCCAGCACCGAUCACGAACAGCGAAUUGGAUAGCUCGCGGACGACAGAUCUUCAAGAGUCGGUCUCCCAGUCCGAGCAAAAAGCCGCGGUGACGUCAUACCUGAACUCUUACCGUGCACAAUCUCUGGUCGAUUCCUGGUCAAAGAUACGCGGGCCCAUUCCCGUGGGGGCGAGGGGCGUGCUCUUCGCGGCUCUUUCGUGGGCGGACUCCUAGGAUUGGCCCGUAAUGAAUCGACUGAUAUUUACUAUCAGCGAAGAAGGAUUUUCAGCUGUAGUGCGCCAUCACGUCCUUACAAUUACGUGAUCCUCAGUGAACGACAAUAAAGAUUGUUUGAGGAUCGAUACUUGUCAGUGAGAAUAUAUUUUUCCUCGUGUUUUGGAAAGAAUGAUAAAUACACAUAGGUCAAUUACUCUGAUCGAGCUCUCGAAAUCUGUGAACUCUGAUGAGCAAAUGAGAGCCAUUUCAUAGAGUUCGAAUCUAUCGUCUAUGAACUUUAUCCACAUGGCUUUGACUCUAGAAACUUUUUCUUUUCCGAACAAAAUCUCUCACACUUUCGAGACAACUUUGCGACAAAAAAGGACCAAAAGCAACCAUUUUUGUUUAUAUGUUGAUAGUGUCUUUAUCUCCGUAUGCGAUAUGACAGCUCCAGAAUCUUUAGCUUUACAAAAGGUCCUGAAACCUGAUUUCGUGACUUUGACUUUGUGAUUACCUGUGACAAAAUAUUCUUUGUACUUACGGCUUUGAACUUACAUGACCUCUAAGGCCUUAAAUAAGUUUAAGUAUAGUUUUUGUGCUUAUAUUUUGUCUCGAUGGCGUAUCUAAUCCUAAGCAGUGUGUUCGAGUCGUCUUUACUUAAGCUCAUGUAAGGCUUUGGAAGCGGUAUUGGAGUAUGAGUGUCUGUACUUGAACGUUUGUAAAUAAAAUUUCUAAACACUUUCA